CAUGUAAAUGUCGCUUUACUCAGACUUGUUUUUAAUUAAAUUCAUUUUAGACAAUAUAAAUACUGAUUUCUCAGCGAAAUAUCAGGUUUUCUGGAGUUAUACCGUAUCAGUUUUUGUUGUACACGGACGUAAAUUCGUAAAGCAAAAUUUGGUUUUGUUACUCGUCAAAAUGACAUCGUAUACGAAUAAAGGUAAAAAGCCGGAGCAGGGUAGUUUUUUGGCAUUUGAUCAUGUCACUUUUUGGGUGUCGAAUGCAAAACAAGCAGCCAGUUAUUACAUAACACGGUUUGGUUUCGAACCACUGGCAUACAAAGGUUUGGAAACGGGUUCUAGAAAAUUCGUAUCUCAUGCCGUCAAACUAAAUAAGAUAACAUUUGUAUUUCAAUCUCAAUACGAACCUGAGGAGACUGAUUUUGUCAACGAAGUAGGUCAUCACGGCGAUUUUGUCAAGGACGUCGCCUUCCAAGUGGAGAAUUUAGACUAUAUUUUAAAUUAUGCGAAACAACAAGGCGCUGUUGUUGUGAGAGAUCUUUGGGAGGAAACCGAUGAAUUUGGUGUUGUUAGGAUGGCAAAACUGAAAACUUAUGGUGACAAUACUCACACAUUGGUGGAUAGAUCAAAAUACAGUGGACCUUUUCUCCCUGGCUAUCAGCUCUUAGGAAAGGAUCCCAUACAAAAAUAUCUGCCGAAGGUAGAGAUCAAUUUCAUCGAUCACGUUGUUGGCAAUCAACCAGAUAAUGGCAUGGAGGAGGCUGCAUCGUGGUACGAACGUUGUCUACAAUUUCACAGAUUCUGGUCAGUCGACGAUAAACAAGUUUGCACGGAGUAUUCUGCACUCCGUUCCGUAGUGAUGGCUAACUGGGAAGAGACAGUGAAGAUGCCGAUCAACGAGCCAGCAGUUGGCAAACGCAAGAGCCAGAUACAAGAGUAUGUGGAGUACCACGGCGGGGCUGGCGUGCAACAUAUCGCUAUCAAUACUGAGGAUAUCAUUACUGCGAUUGAAAACCUUCGAGCUCGUGGUGUCGAGUUUCUUACCAUACCAUCAAAAUAUUACACACUAAUCCGAGAAAAAUUGAAACACAGUAAAGUUAAGGUCGCUGAAAGCAUAGACACGCUGGAGCGUCUCAACAUCCUCAUAGACUACGAUGACGAUGGUUAUCUUCUGCAAAUAUUCACGAAAAACACACAGGAUCGACCAACACUGUUCUUAGAGGUUAUUCAGAGAAGGAAUCACAAUGGUUUUGGUGCUGGCAACUUCAAGACCCUGUUUGAAUCUAUUGAGUUAGAACAAGAAAAGCGCGGCAAUCUAUAGAUUUAUUUUGUGCAGAUAUUUAAUU